CUCUAGUUGCCCGUCGCGCUGCCGCUCCUCGCUCGUGUUUGAUCGCGUGCACGUGGUCGCUCUUCUUCUUGUCACUCCUUUCCAUUGUUUGUUUGCUGCUUGCAUGCCGUUCCGGCGUUGGGCUUGCGGGACCUAACAAGGUCGCACUCAACACAGCUGCGACGCAAUCUACGUCGCUUGCAAAACACCAAAGCGAGGAACCCCAAGAGGUGGGAACGGGGAUACCGCUAUGGCAGAAAAUAAACGCCAGAGCAUGGCGGGGAAGAUUGCUACUCCGAACUUGAAGGUCACUGGUGGAGUGAGCAAGGAUGUCGUGGAUGCGGAUUCGAACUUGUACAAGGCGGUCGGAUCACGUAUCAAGAUCACAUGCGCCCCGAACAACAACGUGCUCGAAGGCACCCUCUUCACAGCCUGCAACCUCACCAACGCCAUAGCCAUCAAUACCGCGCCUGCCCCUCCGAACCCCUCCGCUCCUCUCUCUAGCCAGCCCGGCGACUUCCACAUCAUACCGUUCGCACACAUCGUAUCAUUCGAAAUUGUCGGUUCAGGCGAGCGGGCGCCGCAAUCCACACCAGGCUUCGAUGGGGUACAACCCAGCAUUUCGAAGGUGGAUAUCGCUGCGCUGCAUGCGCGAGAAGAGGCGACAAUUCGUGAGAUGAAGAAGAAGGAUGCGCAGAAAGGCAGAGGUGUUAGCAAGGAGGCGCAGGAUAUGUUCGACUUCAUAUCGAGGACCCUUCCAACUCGCUGGGCCGAUGCUCAGAUUGUAGUUAACGAUGCUGUUCUGAUCCAACCUCCCUACACGCUAGACAGCAUCAGAGCCCCCGCCGAUAAAACACAGAGUGAGGCUCAUGUUCGCAAGGUCGUCGAGGCAUACUACCAGCGCAAGAAGGCACCAGGUGGAGGAGCUGGUCGCGCUCCAGUCGCAAUGCCAAUUGCUCCGCGAAAAGGGGGUUAAAGACAACAGUUUAGCUAUGGUCUACACUAGGAUUCUCUGGGGGAAUUCAUGCUUCGUGCAUGUGGACGAUGUACUAAGCUUUAGGCGAUGAUUUUACUGUUGGCUAAAGACUGCCAUAAUUAUCGUUAGCUUCGAACAGUGACGAGCGUUUCCAAGGCUGGUUCCAUGACACGAAGGGAGGUCGGCAGUGGAGAAGCAUCGUAUGAUGCGCUUGCUUGAGGGAGCAGAUACGCUGAAUAAAUCAAAACUUUCAAACUUUGGCUGUGAUGUAGUUAUUGUUAUAUGCGGCUUGUUGCAGUCUGGUUCCAACAAGUCCACUGGUUGGUUUGAUGAGGGGUUCUCACGUCGUCUAUACACAAUGGGUUCAAGCUUACAGUUGUUAUUUCGGCAUUCUUGUUGAAGCAGGAAAAAGGAGCCGCUUUGCGUCACUGCGUUCACUUACUCUCCCUAUCUCUCGUUCGAAAAUUCAGAC